ACUUCAGUGACAAAGAGCUGUUAUAUCCGAAAGAGACCUAUAGGAAAUGGCCCUAGUCGGCUUCCCUUACGAGAAACCAGUCCUCGCAGGCGAGAGGCUCAUGGCCACACUUUUUCCUCUUUUCGUACUCAAUUCUUCGCAAUGUCAUUGCCAGAUCGGUUGCAGUUCGUUUCCUGGUUGUUUGAGAGCGUCCUAUCUCAAUGUCUUUCUCAGCCUAACAGCCCGGGUACCCAGUCUCCAUCAAAUUAUGGAACAGGUUAUGAUCGCAAUACAAUGUCCGAUCCUGUACACCAAUACUCAGUUACCGAGGGCGUGCGUUCCUUCGACCAGUCUUUCUACUGUGGAUUAGAGUGUGGAUCGCAGAACCACAGAGAAUCACCACUAAUCGAAAACAAAGAUCAACAAGACAAUGAUCAGCUUGAGUAUGAAAUUAAAAAGAUCCUCGCAUAUAGACAAGGUACCCAUGGUUCCGUCUCAUAUCUCGUUAAGUGGAAGGGCUACAAAUAGUCUAAGGUCACCUGGGAACCAGGUGUUUCACUGCAAAAUACGGUUGUCUUAGAGAACUAUGAGUUACAACUAGCCAUCACUGCAGACAGAACUCGCGCAACACGUAAUUGUAAUCGCGGCACCGGCCGUGCACAAGGCAGGAAUCAUUCUUAUUCCCGUCCUCC